UUGAAGCCUUAUAACAUUUAUAAGGCUCUGCAGCUCUUCCUCGCCUCUUAAACCCUAGACUACUAUACCCUUCUUCUCUCCAUCUUUCUCUCUCUCUCUGUCUCUCACAAACGCAGCUCAGCUCAGAGAAGAAGAGUACAGGAAGUUGUGAGAGAUGCUUGUGUUGUUCGAAACCCCGGCGGGGUUCGCCCUGUUCAAAGUUUUGGAUGAAGGGAAGCUCAACAAAGUAGAGGACUUGAAUAAGGAUUUUUCCACUGCAGAGACCGCUAGAAAAGUGGUGAAGCUGAAAGCAUUUUCCAAGUUCGAGAAUACAUCAGAAGCUUUGGAAGCAGCGACUUUGUUGAUUGAUAGCAAACCCAGCAAGGGACUCCGCAAGUUCUUGCGUGUUCACUGUGAUGGUGAAACAUUAGCUGUGGCUGAUUCAAAGCUUGGGAAUAUCAUUAAAGAAAAACUGAAAAUAGAAUGUGUCCACAACCAGCCUGUUAUGGAGUUGAUGAGAGGUCUCAGGUCUCAGCUGAGUGAGCUGAUAUCUGGCCUAGGAGUUCAAGAUUUGGCACCAAUGAGCUUGGGUUUAUCUCAUAGCUUAUCUAGAUACAAGCUAAAGUUCAGUGCUGAUAAGGUGGACACGAUGAUCAUUCAGGCCAUUGGUUUGCUUGAUGACCUUGAUAAAGAACUUAACACAUAUGCAAUGAGGGUUAGAGAAUGGUAUGGUUGGCAUUUUCCUGAGCUCACUAAGAUUAUCCAGGACAAUAUCCUUUAUGCGAAAACUGUGAAGCUUAUGGGUGACCGUGUUAAUGCUGCACAGCUUGAUUUUUCUGAGAUAUUGGCAGAGGAGGUUGAGAUAGAAUUGAAGGAAGCAGCUAUGAUAUCCAUGGGAACUGAAGUUAGUGACCUUGAUCUGAUAAAUAUUAAGGAACUCUGUGACCAGGUUCUUUCUCUUUCUGAGUACAGAGCUCAACUAUAUGAUUAUCUAAAAAGCAGGAUGAACACCAUUGCACCAAAUUUGACUGCACUUGUUGGAGAGCUUGUUGGUGCUCGCCUCAUUGCUCAUGGGGGCAGUUUGAUGAAUCUCGCAAAGCAGCCUGGUAGCACAGUCCAGAUUCUUGGUGCUGAAAAGGCUCUCUUCAGAGCCUUGAAGACUAAGCAUGCUACUCCCAAAUAUGGGCUUAUCUACCAUGCGUCCUUGAUUGGUCAGGCAGCACCAAAGAAUAAGGGAAAAAUCUCUCGGUCACUUGCUGCAAAAACUGCAUUAGCAGUUAGAUGUGAUGCUCUUGGAGAUGGUCAAGAUAAUUCUAUGGGCUUAGAGAACCGGGCCAAGCUUGAGGCACGGUUAAGGAAACUUGAAGGCAAAGAAUUGGGUCGCUCUGCUGGGUCAGCUAAGGGCAAACCUAAGAUAGAAGUCUAUGACAAGGAUCGAAAGAAGGGAGCUGGUGGAUUGAUUAAUGCUGCCAAGACUUAUAAUCCUUCAGUGGAUUCUGUUCUUGUGCAAACCUUAAAUGCUGCCGCUGGCAAUGAGGAGGAAAAAGUCACAAAGAAGAGGAAAGCAGAGGAAGCUGCAGAGGAGGCUCUUGCUACCGUUGAAGAUAAGAAGGAGAAGAAGAAGAAGGAGAAGAAAGAGAAGAAGAAAGCAGAUGAGGGGGACAACGGAAAUGACCAUGCCGAACCAGAACAUGAAGAGAAAGAGAAGAAGAAAAAGGAGAAGAAAGAGAAGAAAAAGAAGAAAGCUGAUGAGGGGGAGACAGCCAUUCCAAUUAAUGGAGACAAUCAUGCAGAGCCAGAAGGUGAAGAGGUGGUGACAAAGGAAAAGAAGAAAAAGAGGAAACAUUCAGCUGAGGUACAGAACGGAGAUGAAAUUGUUGAUGCAGGUGAAAGGAAGAAGAAGAAAAGAAAGCAUGCUGAACAAGAAGAAGAAUCUGAAGUGCCAAGCAAGAAGGAAAAGAAGAAGAAGAAGAAAAGCGAGGAUUGAGAGGUUCUGGACAGCAACUGAACAAUUUUGGUUAAUUUAGCAGCAACUAGGUACUUCUAUCUGUAAAAUUCGAUUUUCCAGUGCUGCACCCUUUUUCAUUUGUGGGUUCUUAAAGUUAUUUCUAGUGUAUGCUGAUGUUGGGUAGGGAGAGGACUGGAUGUUUUAUAUCUGGCGGAUCACAUAAUUAAUAUUUCUUCUUGCAUUUCUUCUCA